UAUUGUUACAAACACAGUAAUGUUUCGCCAAGGUAGACUUUUACUCAGUACUAUCGUAAAACCGAGCUUUAAAAACUCCUCUAAUUUUCGGUCUUCGAAUGGUAAACAAAUAAAUUGCGCGGAAAUUAAAAUUCCAGUACCAUGGGGCCACGUAGCCGGUAAAUGGUGGGGUCCGACGGAUAUCCGACCCAUUUUAGCCAUCCAUGGCUGGCAAGAUAACUGCGGCACUUUCAACAGAUUGCUUCCUUUAAUCACCCAAGACGUGGGUUUCUUAGCUAUAGAUCUCCCAGGCCAUGGUUACUCUUCGCAUAUUCCUGACGGCUUUUACUACCAUAACAUAAAUUACAUGAUUCUAGUACAACGCUUGGUAAAUUAUUUCAAAUGGCCGCAAGUAUCGUUAUUGGCUCAUUCUCUAGGCGGCAGUAUCGCGUUUUUGUACGCCAUAAUAAACCCCCAAAAUGUAGAUCUUUUAAUUUGCUUGGACCAUGUCAAGCCGUUCAUUAAAAACAAGAUUAUCAGUACCAACUCAAAAACAAUUUCGAAAUUCCUGCAAUACGAAGAACUUGAAAGACAAAAUAUAGAACCUCCUGCUUAUACCAUGGAAGAAAUUAAACAGAAAAUUUCCAGCUCACUUGGUGGUUCAGUUGCCUAUGAACACAGCCACCACUUGGCUGAACGUAAUGUUGCUCCCUCAAAGAGUCAACCCGGAAAGUACUACUUUACGAGAGAUCCGAGAUUAAAAGAAACCGAAUUAAUUAACUGGAGACAGGAGGACUUGGUAUCUGGUGCCCGACGGGUACGAUGUCCUGUUUUUAUUGCAAAAGCUAUAGAUGGGAUUUGCUUUGAAGAAGCGAAGAACGUUCAUGAAGUUGUAGACGCUCUCAAAGAAAGUGGUAACUGUGAGUUACAUACACUGGAAGGAACACAUCAUUUUCAUCUCAAUAAUCCUGAAGUACUGGCUGGAUUGAUUAAAAAGUUUCUGGAACAACAUAGAUCGGAUAGAAGUGUGGGUGGAAUCAAGGGGGAAAUGAUUGUGAGCGGCAGACACAAACUGCAGGAGUUGCAUUUUUAAAAUUAAAGUUUAAGUACCUAUUCAAUAAAUGUUUGUAAUUUUUUGCUUGGAUAAAGUUUUUUUUUUAAACUUUGGUGUCAUGUGUAGAACAAAAUAUACCUGUCAUAGUUGUACACCUCAUAUUUCAGUCAAUAAAUCGUGCGAAAUAA